GCCGACAUGAACCACCAGCAGCAGCAGCAACAGCAGCAGCAACAGCAGCAGCAGCAGCAGCAGCAGAAGGCGGGCGAGCAGCAGCUCAGCGAGCCCGAGGACAUGGAGAUGGAAGCUGGAGAUACCGAUGACCCGCCAAGAAUUACUCAGAACCCCGUCAUCAAUGGGAACAUGGCCAUGACCGAUGGGCACAACAACACGGAGGAGGAGAUGGAGGACGAUACGAGUUGGCGCUCCGAGGCCACCUUCCAGUUCACUGUCGAGCGCUUCAGCAGACUGAGUGAGUCGGUCCUUAGCCCUCCGUGUUUUGUGCGAAAUCUGCCAUGGAAGAUUAUGGUGAUGCCACGCUUUUAUCCAGACAGACCACACCAAAAAAGCGUAGGAUUCUUUCUCCAGUGCAAUGCUGAAUCUGAUUCCACGUCAUGGUCUUGUCAUGCCCAGGCCGUGCUGAAGAUCAUCAACUAUCGGGACGAUGAGAAGUCCUUCAGCCGCCGUAUCAGCCACUUGUUCUUCCACAAAGAGAACGACUGGGGAUUCUCCAACUUCAUGGCCUGGAGUGAAGUGACUGAUCCUGAGAAAGGGUUCAUCGAUGAUGACAAAGUGACGUUCGAGGUCUUCGUUCAGGCGGAUGCCCCCCAUGGCGUGGCGUGGGAUUCCAAGAAACACACAGGCUACGUGGGGCUGAAGAACCAGGGCGCAACGUGUUACAUGAACAGCCUCCUGCAGACCCUGUUUUUCACCAACCAGCUGCGCAAGGCCGUGUACAUGAUGCCCACGGAGGGCGACGACUCUUCUAAAAGCGUGCCCUUAGCACUGCAAAGAGUGUUUUAUGAGUUACAGCACAGUGACAAACCUGUGGGGACCAAGAAACUCACCAAGUCAUUCGGGUGGGAAACCUUAGAUAGCUUCAUGCAGCACGACGUUCAGGAGCUGUGUCGAGUGUUACUCGAUAAUGUGGAGAAUAAGAUGAAAGGCACGUGUGUGGAAGGGACCAUCCCUAAAUUAUUCCGAGGCAAGAUGGUGUCCUAUAUCCAGUGUAAAGAAGUAGACUACCGAUCCGAUAGGAGAGAAGAUUAUUAUGAUAUCCAGCUAAGCAUAAAGGGAAAGAAAAACAUAUUUGAGUCCUUUGUGGAUUACGUGGCAGUAGAACAACUAGAUGGUGACAAUAAAUACGACGCCGGGGAGCAUGGCCUGCAGGAAGCGGAGAAAGGUGUGAAAUUCCUAACAUUGCCUCCAGUGUUACACUUACAACUGAUGAGAUUCAUGUAUGAUCCUCAGACCGAUCAGAACAUCAAGAUCAAUGACCGGUUUGAGUUUCCAGAACAGUUACCACUCGAUGAAUUUUUGCAAAAAACAGAUCCUAAGGACCCAGCAAACUAUAUUCUUCAUGCUGUCCUGGUCCAUAGUGGAGAUAAUCAUGGUGGACAUUAUGUGGUUUAUCUCAACCCCAAGGGAGAUGGCAAAUGGUGUAAAUUUGAUGAUGAUGUGGUGUCUCGGUGCACGAAGGAAGAGGCCAUUGAGCACAACUACGGGGGCCACGACGAUGACCUGUCGGUCCGGCACUGCACCAACGCCUACAUGCUGGUCUAUAUCAGGGAGUCCCGACUGAGUGAGGUCUUACAGGCUGUCACGGACCACGACAUCCCUCAGCAGUUGGUGGAACGGUUGCAGGAGGAAAAGAGGAUCGAGGCGCAGAAGCGAAAAGAACGGCAAGAAGCGCAUCUCUACAUGCAAGUGCAGAUCGUGGCUGAGGACCAGUUUUGUGGCCACCAAGGGAAUGACAUGUACGAUGAGGAGAAGGUGAAAUACACCGUGUUCAAGGUGCUGAAGAACUCCUCUCUCGCCGAGUUUGUGCAGAACCUCUCCCAGACCAUGGGGUUUCCACAAGACCAGAUUCGGUUGUGGCCCAUGCAGGCCAGGAGCAAUGGCACCAAGCGGCCGGCCAUGCUGGACAACGAGGCAGAGGGCAACAAGACGAUGAUCGAACUCAGCGAUAAUGAGAACCCUUGGACGAUUUUCUUGGAGACAGUCGAUCCAGAGCUGGCUGCCAGCGGAGCGACACUCCCCAAGUUUGAUAAGGAUCAUGAUGUGAUGCUAUUUUUGAAGAUGUACGAUCCCAAAACACGGAGCUUGAAUUACUGUGGGCACAUCUACACCCCGAUAUCCUGUAAAAUACGCGACUUGCUACCGGUCAUGUGUGACCGGGCAGGAUUCAUCCAGGACACAAGCCUUAUCCUCUAUGAGGAAGUUAAGCCGAAUUUAACGGAGAGAAUCCAGGACUAUGACGUGUCCCUAGACAAGGCCCUCGAUGAGCUCAUGGAUGGUGACAUCAUCGUGUUUCAGAAGGACGACCCCGAGAACGACAACAGCGAGCUGCCCACUGCGAAGGAGUAUUUCAGGGACCUGUACCACCGCGUGGAUGUCAUUUUCUGCGACAAGACGAUCCCCAACGACCCCGGCUUCGUGGUCACACUUUCCAAUCGGAUGAAUUAUUUCCAGGUAGCUAAGACGGUCGCACAGCGGCUCAACACCGACCCAAUGCUGCUCCAGUUUUUCAAGUCUCAAGGUUACAGGGACGGUCCCGGGAACCCACUGAGGCAUAACUACGAGGGCACCCUGCGAGACCUCCUGCAGUUUUUCAAGCCCCGGCAACCGAAGAAGCUGUACUACCAGCAGCUCAAGAUGAAGAUCACCGACUUCGAAAACAGGCGAAGUUUUAAGUGUAUAUGGUUAAAUAGCCAGUUCAGGGAAGAGGAGAUAACACUAUACCCCGACAAGCACGGCUGCGUCCGGGACCUGUUGGAAGAAUGUAAGAAGGCAGUGGAGCUGGGCGAGAAGGCAUCAGGGAGACUCAGGCAGGUAUCCGGGCCCCCAUGCCUGUGCCAGAGCUUGGAUAGAGAGCAGCCUGGCAUCCGGAGCUCUCCACAGGCGCAUUCUCAUUCGCCAUUGCCCCACCCUGCUCUCUCCUCCAGGCUGCUAGAAAUUGUAAGCUACAAAAUCAUCGGGGUGCACCAAGAGGACGAGCUGCUGGAAUGUCUGUCUCCUGCCACGAGUCGGACGUUUCGAAUAGAGGAAAUCCCGUUGGACCAGGUGGACAUAGACAAGGAGAACGAGAUGCUCAUCACCGUGGCCCACUUCCACAAGGAGGUCUUUGGCACCUUCGGCGUCCCCUUCCUGCUGCGGAUCCACCAGGGCGAGCACUUCAGAGAAGUCAUGAAGCGGAUCCAGAACCUGCUCGACAUCCAAGAGAAGGAGUUUGAAAAGUUCAAAUUCGCCAUCGUGAUGAUGGGCCGACACCAGUACAUCAACGAAGACGAAUAUGAAGUCAACUUGAAAGACUUUGAGCCUCAGCCUGGUAACAUGUCCCAUCCUCGGCCUUGGCUUGGGCUCGACCACUUCAACAAAGCCCCAAAGAGGAGUCGCUACACGUACCUUGAAAAGGCCAUCAAGAUCCACAACUGACCUCCUCAGGCGGCGCGUGCGAGGCCGGGGACCGUGUGUGCGUGCGUGGAGGCGUGCCCACACCCCCCCCAACUUUCUCACUAACAGCCCAGAACUCGUGUGGUCCCCACGCACUCGAGCCGAAGUCUCUUCAGCAAGAGGAACUGCUGCUGACGUUCAUUUUAUUUUGUUGAGGCUGUUGAAUUAGGCUUCUCUAUCUAUCGGCCGCCCUUUUUGAGCAAAAGUGAAGGUGUUUUUAUAAAGCUUGGAUGCCAAUGAGAGUUAUUUUAUGGUAAUUGCAGUGCAAGGGGGCUGUCGGGCCUAAUGGGUGCAAGGUCACUGAGUGGGGUGGGGGGGGCGGGUCGCAUCGGUUUGUGCCCAGUUGGUGGUGGUGGUGGGGAGGCGGGCCCUUACUGGCUCACCCCAUCUUCCCCCGGAGAGCCUCUCACCGGUGUGUGACCUCUGUGGCUGUCACACAGAAAAAGUCACAUGUCCCCACACCUCCCCCUCCCCAAAUCCUAGCGCGCUUCCCUCCAUUGCGUGUCCUGUCGCCUCCCUCCAUCCACCAGGCCCGCCCACUGCUUUCAGGGUCACCUCCGUCCCUGGGCAGCCGGGGCGACCCAGUGAGGAGAGUGGGCAGCCGAGGAGAGAGCCCUGUAGCCAAGGGGGCAUGCUCGCUAGUGGUUAGAAGCUGUUUACUUUGUAAAAAAGGUUAAAAGGAAAAAAAAAAUAAAAAACUUCCCGGAGAAAUGAAAUUGUAUAUUUAACGACUGACCCUGUACAAUGAACGCUGGGAGGAGCUGGCCGAGGCGCGCAGCCCCGCUGGUGUCCAUGCUCCUCGCGUGUGUAGUCUUUUCUUGGGGCACUCACGCAGCUGCGUGGCUAGAUCCGAGUGCAACCCGGUAGGAGCCUCGGACCACACCUAGUUCCCAUUCUUCCCUCUGUUGGUUCGUUUCCCUAGCAGCAGUGUGCACCGGCUCUUCCUGUAUAUUGCCUUUUUGCUGGAAAAUGUUGUAUGUUGAAUAAAAUUUUCUAUAAAAAUGA